AUGGCUACCUUCCAGGACCGUGCUCAGCACGCUAUUGCUCAGCUUGACAAGGAGCUCUCCAAGUACCCUGUCCUCAACAAUCUUGAGCGCCAGACCUCCGUUCCCAAGGUCUACGUGAUCUUGGGCCUCGUCGGUGUUUACACCUUCCUGGUCUUCUUUAACAUCGCCGGCGAAUUCUUGGUUAACCUGGCUGGUUUCAUCAUCCCUGGCUACUACUCUCUCAACGCAUUGUUCACCGCUGGGAAGGCCGAUGACACACAGUACUGGGUUGUUUAUGCCUUCUUCACCGUUAUUGAGAGUGCUGUCUAUGCUCCUUACUGGUUCCCCUUCUACUACAUCUUCAAAUUCGGCCUUGUUCUUUGGAUGGCUCUUCCCCAGACCAACGGUGCCCAAGUCGUCUUCCACUCUUUCCUCCAGCCUGUCUUUGCUCGCUUCUUCGCUGGUGGAUCCACCUCGGCCAACCUCCGCGCCCAGGCUGAUGCUGCUACCAAGGCCCAGUAA